AAGUGAAGCGUAAGCUAACAAUGAAUUGACAUCAAACAUUUGCGAGGGGGAAGUAAAACAAAUACAAUAAAAUGUUUAUUUCAAAAACCAUUUAUUUACAAGCUUCUCGGAUGUUUUCCUUCUGCCCCUGUUAGAAAUGCACAAGGAAGAGGGAAGAAAUCAACAUCUUUGUAUUUUGACAGUCAAAUAGUUAGAGGAUCUUACAUUAUGUCAGAAUUUCACGAAUCUAUUAAGUCUCUUAUAUCAGAUGUUGAAAAGUUUCUGAUAGAGGAAUUGAAACAUGAUAAAUUAGGAAAAACUGCAAAAAAUCAUAAACAAGAAAUAAUAGACAAAAUAUGCAAACUGAAAGAAAAGUGGCCACAGUUAGGAACAGCACACACCACAGAACAAUCCAAACAAGCGAAAGAUCUUUCAAAAGAUGAUGAAUCAACAAGAACUGGUGGUAGUUCUAACACUGAUGAAACAGAAGAUGCUUAUUCUGAUUGUAAUGCAGACAUUCCAAAUGUACCAGUCGCAGAGCUUACAAAUUUCACGAAGGCUGGAAUUUUGGAAAAGAAGAAACCAACAGGUCUUAGGACUAUGCAAAAGAGGUGGUGUGUCAUUAAAGGCAAUAUAUUUUAUUACUUUGAUGGUAAAACGUCAAAGAAAAUGAAUGGAGCUUUCAGAUUAGCAGAUUGUAAUUUUGAGGAAGCACCAGAAAUGACGAAAGAUGAGAAGAAGAAGGAACUUUGCUUUAAACUUAUUAAUCCUACUUCAACAAGAACCUAUGAAUUUAUGACUACAACUAAAAGUGAUGUUGAAGAAUGGAAAACUGCAGUCCAACAAGCAAGCGCUGUUGUUGCGACAAAAAUGAAAGAUUUUGAUAAUGAAGAUGAUGGUGAUAUAUACGAGCCUGUUGGAGAUGAUGCACAUGAGGCACAAGAAAUUUAUGAUGAUGGAACAGAAGGAGACAUUUAUGAAGCAGAACCAGUUGCUUAUCCACCAGAGCCUAUUCAAGACGAUAUUUAUGAUGAGGGAUUAUCUGCUCCUGUACAAGAUGAGUUGUACGAAGAUGCAUCAACUCCUUCUGUGCCAUCUGUACCUCCACCUCGAAUUGCACGUCCUCCACCGCCACCCGUUCCUGAUGAGGAUCCAUACCAAUCCAGACCACUUCCUCCAAUUAGGGAGCCAAUUAAAAUGUCCGAUGAACUCCCCCCACCUCCACCACCGGUUGAGGUAGAGGAACCAAAGUCAUACAGAAAUGAGGAUGACUUUGAAAAUAUGUUUAUUGGAAAAUGGGAUUGCACGGGGGAUAAUGAUAAAGAGUUGUCGUUUAAAAAGGGUGAUAUUAUCUAUAUCAUAAAUAGAGAUUUUGAUGACCGCUCAUGGUGGGUUGGUGAACUGAAUGGUAAAUUUGGAUUGGUGCCAAAAAAUUAUCUUACAGAGGCUUAUACAGCGACACUAACAUUCUGAUAAUUUUUACAAUUUGAUAGAAAUAAUUGUCAAAAUUAUUUCCUCUUUCCUCCUACUUUUAUUGUUAGUUGAACCUAAUGAUAUGUUUAUGUUGUUUUGUAUGAGGUAAUACAUCGUUCAUGCAAUUUGUUGUGAUGUCAGUUUUUGUUUUCUUGUUAUGAAGCAGGUAAAGCGUUUAGACGGAACAAUAUUCUUUAAAACUGAUUUAGAAUAAAAAAAAUUGAUAAUUGAAAACUGUGUUGAAAUUGUAAAUGAAAAGUAUCUUUUCACAUCUGUUUAUUUUCUUCAUUUAUAGAGAUUAAAAAGAGUAUUGUACUAAAUCAACAGAACGCUUUCUAUCACACAUUUAUAUCUACAAAAAAUCUUUCUCUCAUUCAAUCUUAGGUAUAAUUUGGUCUACAGCCUCUUUUAUGUAUUUCACACAUUUUCCCUUAAUAUGAUAUUAGUAAUUAAAAGCAGCUUUUCAGAUUGAAUCAUAUAUAUAAUUAUAGCACAAGGAAACAAAAUACAAGAUGCUUAAGCUGUAUUUAUGUAACAGUAUUUAAAUUUUUUUUUAAAUAUAUUCAGAUGUUGCAAAUAUUAAAUAGUGUAGACAUAUUUGAGUUACACAGAUGAACAACAUUUGUUAACUUGCAUCACUUUAGAUUCAUUUCUAUUGGUGGGCUAGAAUUUUUUGUUGAUUUCGAGAGCAGGGAGUAAUCGUGAAUUUAAAUCCUCACCAAAAUGCAUAGUUUAAUAAACUAUGAUAGGGUUCAUUUGUCUUCAAAUUUUAUCAAUUAAUGUAAGUAAAUACAAAUUGAUUGUAAAUACAAUGAAAGAGAAAAAAUAAUAAAUUGAAUUUGUCCGAAUUACUUUCUGGAUUUAACUUUAUCAGGAACGUUCAGAACCAAAUAUUUUUUUUUAAACGUGUCUGUAAAUUUGUUAGUUGAAAAUAUUAUUGGUACGUCUGUAUUUAAUGCUUGAUUCUGUCUUGAAUGAUGGUUAUGUACUGUAAUUAUGUUUAUAUUAAAUAUAUAGUUGGUAAUCAUUACUUAUAAGUUACGCAAAAUCAAAUCACAUAAGUACAAAUAGAAGGAUGAUGUGACAAUACUAAUAUACCAUGCACUGUAUCGCUGUGUUGUCAUAAAAUCAUUUUCUGUACAUUUACAUAUUUGUAUACCUACUUUUUAUCAUGACCACCAUAACUUUUAAUCUAAUCUCAUCAUUAUUUUUGUGUUGGUUUAUCUUUUAAUUUAAAAAAAAGAAGGUUCUAUUCAUAAAAGUCUUGAAACCGGUUGUUUAUAUAAAUAAAUAAAUAUGUUGACUUACCUCUGCUAGAUGAUUAUGAAUAACUACGUAUAUAUUGUGCUUGACAUUUUUUUUUUAGAUUAUUAUGUCUUUUUGUAUGUAAAACGUUUGCUCAUUGCUUUUAAUACUCUAUUUGUGAGAUAAAAUAUCUUUUUUUGUUAUUCUAUUUGAGAACAAUUUAGUUAAAGUAGUCUCUAUUUGAGAGAUUAUUUUAUUUUUGCUACUCUAUAAUACCAGUCUCUAUUUGAGAGAUUAUUUUAUUUUUUACUAUUCUAUAAUAGCAGUCUCUUGUUUCUUGUGUACAAUUUGGAGUUUAGUAGGGCGCUCAUUAUCACUGAACAAGUAUAUAUUUGUUUAGGGGCCAGCUAAAGGACGCCUUCGGGUACGGGAAUCCUCGCUACAUUGAAGACCUGUUGGUGACCUGCUGCUGUUGUUUUUUUCUAUGGUCGGGUUGUUGUCUCUUUGACACAUUCCCCAUUUCCAUUCUCAGUUUUAUCUAUUUGAGAGCCAGAAAUCACGGAGAGCGAUAAGACUUCCAGAGGGCACUAUAUAUGUAAAUGAUAAAAACGAAAGAAAGAAUAAAAACGUACAGCCAAUGGUUGAAAAUUGCA